AUGUGCAGCGUCUUUGAGAUGGAAAACUUUCAAGGAGACUUAACCGACGUCGUACGAGGAAUCGGGGGCCACGUGUUUUCGCCGGAAACUCCUCCUCCGAGCAACUGGCCUCUUCCACCGCCGCAUCCACCACCAUCGUCGUCAGAUCUUCAGAUCAAUCCCUUCGGAGAUCCCUUCGUAAGCAUGACCGAUCCUCUCCUCCAAGAACUCAACGCCGUCACGAACUCCGGCUACUUCUCUGCCGCCGGCGAUAACAUCAUCAACAACAACAACAAUGGUUUCUUCGUUCCUAAGGUAUCAGAGGAGGAUCAUGUGAAGAGUCAAUGCAGUAUCUUCCCAAGAAUCCGGAUCUCGCAUAGUAACAUCCUCCACGAUUCUUCUCCGUGUAAUUCUCCGGCCAUGUCGGCUCACGUUGUAGCCGCAGCAGCCGCCGCCUCGCCGAGAGGGAUCAUCAACGUCGACACAAGCAGUCCUAGAAACUGUCUAUUGGUUGAUGGUAACACGUUCUCGUCUCAGAUUCAGAUAUCUCCCCCUCGGAAUAUCGGCCUUAAAAGAAGGAAGAGUCAGGCAAAGAAAGUUGUGUGCAUACCGGCGCCGGCUGCGAUGAACAGCCGGUCAAGCGGAGAAGUGGUUCCCUCUGAUCUAUGGGCUUGGCGUAAGUACGGUCAAAAACCCAUCAAAGGCUCUCCUUUUCCAAGGGGUUACUAUAGAUGCAGCAGCUCAAAAGGUUGUUCAGCAAGAAAGCAAGUCGAGAGGAGCCGUACCGAUCCAAACAUGUUGGUGAUUACAUAUACUUCCGAGCAUAAUCAUCCUUGGCCCAUUCAACGUAACGCUCUCGCCGGUUCCACACGCUCCUCCUCCUCAAACCCUAAUCCCUCAAAAUCCUCAACCGCAAACGCAACCGCUAUUUCAUCCAGUGGCUCCCAAAACAACACUCACUUGCCUUCCACCGCCACUCCUUCUCCUCUAUCAGCCUCUGCCGUUAAGGAUGAAAAACGAGAAGACGAUAUGGAUUUAGAAAAUGUUGAAGAAGAUGAAGAUAAUCAGAUUGCUCCGUAUAGACCGGAGCUACAUCAUCAUCAGCACCAGCCAGAUGAUUUUUUCGCUGAUCUUGAAGAGCUAGAAGGAGAUUCUCUAAGCAUGUUGCUUUCUCAAGGCUGCUUAGGCGACCAGAAAAAUAAAACGGCGGCGGCGUCUGACGGGAUCAGCGAUUUCUUCGGUUGGUCGGGGGAAAAUAAUAAUAACGACGAACGAGACUCCAGGUCGUUAUAG